ACACACACUGUACCGGUGAAGGUAUCACGGCUGGAGGUGAUUCGCGGAGCUUUCAGACCGUCAAACUGCUGACUCUCGACACGAAACAUGGUCCAUUUUAACAAAUGGACGUUAGAGAGGAGCGCGUCUCUCACCGGCAGGACAACCACACUGGAUUUAUCGCGAUGACGGUUCCGGUGGAUUGGUUUAGUAUUCUGAAAUAAAAGGCUAUGAUCAGACCAUGGCUUACUUUAAACGCGUAUCUUUUAAUUGAUCAUCAGCUGUGACAGUAGAGCGAAGGGCUUCCGCUUGUUUGUUGGGAAACGUUGAUUCAAGAGCACACCAAAUCAAGAUGACAGUGGAAAAUACAACUAUCAAAAGUCGCCUUAAAAAUCUGCUCCGGUCGCCUUCCAUCAAAUUGAGAAGAAGUAAAGCUGGGAUCAACAAAGAGAAUCUCAGUAAUAAGGUGACGUUGGAGAAAGUUCUGGGAAUCACUUCCGCUGGGAGUCGUGCUUUGGCAUGUGAUCCACACUCAGGACUGGUUGCCUACCCAGCCGGGUGUGUGGUAGUGCUACUGAACCCUAAGAAAAACAAACAACAUCAUAUCCUCAAUAGCUCCAGGAAGACCAUCACUACACUCUCCUUCUCUCCUGAUGGCAAAUAUGUGGUCACAGGCGAGAGCGGUCAUAUGCCGGCAGUGCGUGUCUGGGAUGUGGCAGAGAGGACACAGGUGGCGGAGUUGCAGGAGCAUAAAUACGGCGUGGCGUGUGUGGCUUUCUCCCCCAAUAGUAAAUAUAUCGUCAGCGUGGGUUACCAGCACGACAUGAUCGUCAACGUCUGGGCCUGGAAGAAAAAUGUUGUGGUUGCUUCCAACAAGGUGUCCAGUAAAGUGAUGGCUGUGUCUUUCUCAGAUGACAGCUCGUACUUUGUUACAGCCGGGAACAGACAUGUAAAGUUCUGGUACCUUGACCACACCAAGUCGUCCAAGGUGAACGCCACAGUACCGUUAUCGGGCCGCUCUGGUCUUCUUGGAGAGCUGCGGAAUAAUUUCUUCAGCGACGUGGCCUGUGGAAAGGGCCGGAAGGCGAGCAGUACCUUCUGCAUCACUACGUCUGGCCUGCUCUGUGAGUUCAACGACAAAAGAAUGCUGGACAAGUGGGUGGAGCUCAGGAAAAAUGACAGUUUCGCAACUAGUAUGGCCACGUCUCUGUCCGUCACUGAGGAUCUGAUCUACUGUGGUUGUGCUGAUGGCACUGUGAGAGCGUUCAGCCCCACUGACCUGCACUUUAUCUGUACGCUGCCUCACCCUCACAGCCUGGGCACAGACAUCUCCACUGUUACUGAGGCCAGCCACCUCUUCGCCUACAAGGAAAACGUCCGCUAUCCUGACGCCGUGGCCGUAUCCUACGACCCCACGAACCGCUGGCUGUCCUGCGUCUACAACGAUCACAGUCUCUACGUGUGGGAUGUACGUGAUCUUCGUAAAGUGGGCAAGGUUUACUCGGCCCUCUACCAUUCGGCAUGCGUAUGGAGCGUGGAGGUGUACCCAGAGACGAGGGAUGGAGAGCAGCCGCGUUUGUGUCCCGGAUCGUUCCUCAGCUGUUCCUCUGACAAUACUAUCCGUUUAUGGAACACCGAUGCUCAGAACACCACCCUCAGCCGAAACGUCAUCAGCAAUGACCUCCAGAAGGUCAUUUAUAUGGACAACAACACCUCCACCCUGCUGGACACGGACUGCACCACCUCCAGUAACUCUGAGAAGGUCGACCCUCAGACCUCAGAGAACCGGACGGGCAUUAGGACCAUGUGUGUGAGCCCAGACGGCCUGCACCUGGCAUCAGGGGACCGCAAUGGAACACUGAGAAUCCAUGAUUUGGAGAGCAUGGAGGAAAUUCUGGAUGUUCAGGCCCAUGACUCUGAGAUCCUGUGUCUGGAGUACUCCAAACCCGAGACCGGGCUGAAACUGUUGGCCACCGCCAGCAGAGACAGACUGAUCCAUGUUCUGGAUGCGGAUCGGGAAUACGGCCUCCUGCAAACACUGGAUGAGCACUCUUCCUCUAUCACUGCUGUCCGAUUCGCUGCUAAUGAAGGGAAAGUCAGAAUGAUCAGUUGUGGUGCAGAUAAGAGCAUCUACUUCCGCACGGCACAGAAGACAGAGGAGGGAACAGAGUUCACGCGUACUCAUCACAUAGUGAGGAAGACUACUCUGUAUGACAUGGACAUCGACCCCACAAGGAAGUAUACUGUUGUUGGCUGUCAGGAUCGCAGCAUCAGGAUCUUUAACAUCUGCAAUGGCAAACAGAAGAAGGUCUACAAGGGAUCCCAGGGGGAGGACGGAACCCUUAUCAAGGUUCAGACGGAUCCCUCUGGUCUCUAUGUGGCCACAAGCUGCUCAGACAAAAACAUCUGCAUCUUUGACUUCUACACUGGAGAAUGUGUGGCCACCAUGUUUGGCCACUCUGAGAUUGUAACAGGAAUGAAGUUUACUAAUGACUGUAAGCAUCUGAUAUCUGUGUCAGGAGACAGCUGCAUCUUUGUGUGGCGGCUCUGUCCUGAGUUGACCAUCAAAAUGAGACAACGGCUCUCAGACCUGAAACAGAACAGCAGACCUGUUCAGAAGACCCCACCAAAUAAACAACACACACUUAGCACAAGGAAAGAAAUCCACAGCGCCCCAGUCAUUGGCACCAUGUCAUCUGACAGUGACAAAGACGUAGAGGAAGAGGAGGGCAUUGAGGAUGAAGAUGAGAUGUUUCCUCGCCUGUCAUCUGGCGAAGAGACAGGAUCAUCCGAAGAAAGCCGCAAUACUCUCAAUUCCCACAUGAAGAAGCAAUCCAGCAGUUGUGAACUUGAGGGUUCAGGUCCACGGCCAAGGCGGCGCUGGUCCAGGCGAAUGGGCAGUAUGGAUCUGAAGGUGAAGUCCAUGCUGGACCUGAGGCAGCUAGAGUCUUUUGCCUUGCCUCUCUUCCCCAGCAAAACCCAUGAUGUUCAUAAAGAUCACCCACCGCCUAGGAACCAGGAACUGGGCAGCACCAUCAGUCUUCAGACCAUAGCUGCAUGGGUACCUGAAGAGAAUGGACCAGGAGAUAAAACACGUCCUCGUUACAUCCAGCUGUCUCCUCGAACUCCAGAGACAGAGGUCCUGUAUCCUGAGGGAUGUGAAGAUCAAAUCAGUCUUGCAGGCAGUGAGUAUCAGGUGAAAAAGUUGCCCCAUGGAGUGAGAUGUGCUAAAGUGAACUCUUGUCCUGAGAAGCAGAGUCCAGACAGUGCCUGCUCUAUGGAUUAUUCCAGCAGUCGUCUUUCUAGCCCCGAGCACCCUGGAGAAGACUCUGAGCCGACUGAGCCACUGAGUGUAGAUGGAAACUCAUCAGAACUGGAUAUGGAAGAUCUUGAUGAGGAAGAGGAGGAUAGCUUGAGGAAGAAUGAGGUUCAGACUCCUGUACCACAGACCCCAGACCAGGAGGCCUUUCUAAAGAAGCAUUUUGCAAACCUGUCGGACCUCAACAAACCUGCAAGUCCAACCAGAGUAACUCCAAAUAACUCUGACAGCAUGUCAUCGAAGUUCCUUUCUCAGAACUCCACUAACAGAACUGCAUUCUCAUUCCCCACAAACAAAAGCACUGACAGUAAAACCACCAGUGGAGUGGUGCGGCCCCUUAUCUCAGAGGUACGGCCCCUCAUGGAGAAUAAGAGUCCAGGCAAACAGCAGGAACCCCAGGGCUCUGAGAAGACAACAGGUCAGCGUUUAAUCCAAAAGAAACGCACACCUGUCGUGGACUCCCGCAGACUGAUCAGCCCCGUUGCUAAAGCUGCCGCAAGUUACAACAGUUCUGCGGGCAUGAGGAAAGCUCAGUCUAUCCACAACAUCUCCUCAGAGGCUGACAUUGUCCAGAUAUCCAGUCGUCCUUCUAAGGAAGUCCACCCACAGCCCCAGACCUCUGAAAGACCACGGCGUUCCCUUCCCACCGUCCCACUAACCAGCCCCACCACUACCCUGCCCAGGGACAUCACUACGCCUACAAAGUCCAAAUCCCGUUCCUAUAUGAGUCCUACCACUAGCUCUAUGGCCAAGAUUUCCCGCUCUGUUUCAAUGGGUGACAACUUGAAUGUGGUGGAACUAGGAGAAGACACAGGAUCUUCAGAUCCACGCAGGAGCUCAGGUUCAGACUUUUCAAACCCUCGGAGCUCCUCCCAGAGCAAGCCCACCACUCCUGUUACCCAUGUGUCUUCCUUUAAUACUUUGGCAUCCCCUUUUCCAGGCCCCUACACGCCCCAUGCAGCAGUCAUACCCACACUGAGCGCUGGCCCAACUGGAAACUCUUCCUCUAAAGGUCUCCAGGUCAAACUGACCGGCAGUGCUCGACCCCUGCUCCAUAUAGACAUUCCCAAUCCUCUUCCAGAUAAACUCUCAUUAUCUUCCCUCUCACCGAGCAGCAAGAGCCCCAAUCUUGAACAAAAGGAAAAGGAUUCCUUGAGUAGAACCCCAACAACUCCUCCUUCACUUCCUGAAGCAGUUCACUUGCCCAACAGCAUCGUACAGCCGGUCACAGCUGUUGGUUUGAGCCCAUCUGAAACCCCAGACCAGAUUGAGCUCAGUAUGGUACUUAUUCCCAGCCAGACCACGAACUUAACGGAGGCUGAACUUCACUCGCACACAGAGCCAAAAGAAGAGGAUAUCCCUGAGGCUGAGUGCUCUCCCAUGAGUCAGUGCAGCACAAGUCUUCUACAGUCUUCCUCAGGAGCUCAAGACUCAGACACAUCUCUCAGUGUGGAUUCUUGCCGGCUGGUUGCCAAUGAAUUGCAGAGCAGUUUUAAAAGAGCCUCCUACCUCUACAAAAUGCUAAGCAACUCCACCAACUCCAGUGAGGAGCAGCAGGAAAUGACACGUGUGCUGGCCGAAGCAUUUCAGGCAAUGAGAGAUGAGCUGAAUUGCCUGCCACCAUGCACUCCUUCGAGAUCGCCUAGCACUUGCACAGUGCCCAUGCUGGCUAACAGUAAUGCAACAUUGGGUGACGACAGGACACUAGCGCUUCUAGAGCAGUACUCCAAAUUGCUGCUCAGUGCUGUAGAGAAGAGGAUGGACAACAAAAUCUGACUACUCUGUGUGCUGUGGCUUCAACAGGAUACCAAGCCAUGAAGACUGCACAGCAGACUGUUUUAGAUAGUCAGGAGCUUUUAAUAAAGAGAUUGAGAAGAAAUGCCACUAUCCUACCUCCCUAUUUAGCAUGCUACUAUGGCAGCAACACACCCCUGAUUUCUCUCACCUCUUUGUGCCCUGCUACUAAAAACGUAUCCGGAUAUUUUAGCCAUGGUAACUUUUGAAAGACCUACAUGUCAUCAAGGAGAGUAAUUGAUUACAUGGUUUGUUGACUGCAUGGUACAGUAAUUUG